GAUAUUUCUCCUGAAAUUCAAUGCGUGCUGUGAUACAACGUGUGAAACAGGCUUCUGUUAGUGUAAAUAAUUCAAUUGUCAGUCAAAUUGGCCAUGGGAUACUCGUUCUGAUUGGUUUAUCCAGACGAGAUACGGAAACCGAUAUAGAGUAUAUUGUUCGAAAAAUACUGAAUAUUCGUCUAUUUCCUUCUCCUGAUGGUACACGUCGUUGGGAUAAAAGUGUCAAAGAUUUAAACUUGGAAAUUCUUUGUGUUAGUCAGUUUACACUUUAUAGUGAAUUGAAAGGUAAUAAAUUGGAUUUUCAUUGCGCUAUGGAUCCAAAAUUAUCCAAAGAUAUGUAUUCACAGCUUGUCAAUCAGUUAAGGAAAAACUAUGUAGAAGAUAAAGUUAAAGAUGGAGUUUUUGGCGCCAUGAUGGACGUCAGUCUCAUUAAUGAUGGACCUGUUACUAUAACACUUGAUUCAAAACCAGAAAUUAGUAAAACUAGCACAACAGAAACAUGUGACACUCAAAGUCCGAAUGAAUAAUUAAUAAUUUCUCUCCUUUCAAACAUUAUUUUCAACAUAUUUUUAAAAAAUUUUAAUUUGUUUUUCAAUUUGUCAUAUGUCAAAAAUGUUUGAAAUGCAAUUGGGC